GGCGGACCAGUGAUAAUGUUAAUAAAACUAAUAAGCAGUGAAAGAAUUGAUUUUAAAGAUGAUCAGCCCUCCUUUAAAGGGAGGGACCAGUGGUUAGUUAAGAACUGUUUCAGUUCAGGGGAGGCGGGGGUGGUGGUUCCUGUGCGUCAUCGUUUCCUGUCAGCGCAGAGAGGAAGUUGAUUUCCUGGUGCGCAGUGUGGCCGUGUGGACAAGACAACAAGGAACACCUCCUAAGAGAACACUUCGCUUCAGAGAACAUGGGAUUUUCACAUGGAAUUUUCCCAUUGGAAACGCUCCGCCUAAAGGAACAGGAACUGCACCUGUGUGGAUGAUCAGUACAGAAGAUGGAAAAGGAAACUGCAGACGUGGAAACAGUUUCAGGUGCAUCAGGAAUCCUCAGUGUUUCUCAGAGUUUUGGCAGUUUCGGCCGUGACUACAAGGGUAUAAUCCCUGCACGUGAUGCCAAGUCCGUCAGUGGGGGUAGACCUGAAUUCAGCAACCCUACGAUUCCUGGUUUGCUGAAGAGAGUUUUCAAGGGGGGGUCUGAUAGAAAGUCCAGACAUCAAGAGGUUGGUGAAUGGAGCCUGGAAGAGUGUCGACACUCCAUCAUGGAGCUGGCAAAGGAGCUGAACAGAGUUGUGAAGAACUCUGCCAUACCUACCCCUGUGUCCAGUGAGGAUACGUGCAGCCUGGAAGAGUGUCGCUGCUUCAUCAUAAAAUGGGCUGGCGAUUUGGACAAGCUGGUCCAGACACCAAAGCAAAGCCAGAGUGCUGGACAGGUUGAGCAAAGAAAAGGAGCAGAGCUGAGAAACAAAGAGGAUCUCCCAGGACCAGAGGGGGAGGAGCUGAGUGAGGGGGCGGGGCACAACCAGGGGGAGGAGCUGAACCAAGAGGAGGAGCAAAGACUGAAGGACGGUCACGACAUCAUCAUGCAGUGGGCAAGAGAGCUGAAGACAGUGCCAGAGAACUCUGUCUCAGCGGGGGAGGCUGUGGAACAGGGUCUUGCAGAGCUGGUGAAGGAGUGGAAACGAGGCAAGCUGAGUAACAUCUUACCCAUCAUGGAGUUCAUCAUGUGGGCCCUGAUCAAGGAGGAGGCAGACAAGGGAAUUGGCACUCGGAUGUGGUUCUCUAGGAUGCUAAAAUCUCUGAAUAUUGGUGCUGGGAGAUGCAUCCCUGAUUCAGUCUGGCAGUGGAUUCACAAGGCAUCAGUUGACAGUUUGACACUGGACCUCGAUACAGCACACCCCCGGCUCACCCUGCCUGUGGAUGAGAAACAAGUGAAAAGUAAAAGGCAGGAUCAUAACAAUCCCCAGAGAUUUGAUUACAGGCGCUGUGUGCUGGGCAGGGAGGGCUUCACCUCAGGGAGACACUACUGGGAGCUGGGGGUGGGAGAGAAUAUAUUCUGGAGAUUAGGAGUCAGCAGAGAGUCUGCCCCAAGGAAGGGGAAGUUCAGUAUGACCCCCCAGCAGGGUUACUGGACUGUGGGGUGGAGUGGAAAUGAAGAUAAAGAUGAGUUCACUGCUCUCACUGACCCCCAGACCCCCCUCCCCCUGAGCCUGAAGCCCCAGAAGCUGGGGGUGUAUCUGGAUUAUGAGGAAGGGCAGCUCUCCUUUUACAAUGUGGAGACCAGAUCUCACAUCUACACUUUCACUGACAUGGAGUUCAAUCCCAAUGAGAAACUCUAUCCAUUCUUCUGGACGUUGGAAUACAAAGACCUUGCGCUGGUGUCCCCGGGGAAGAUGAAUGACAGCUCUUUCUUACUUCUAGUCUGGGAAGGGAUUCUUGCUGCAUCAGUUGACAGUUUGACACUGGACCUCGAUACAGCACACCCCCGGCUCACCCUGCCUGUGGAUGAGAAACAAGUGAAAAGUAAAAGGCAGGAUCAUAACAAUCCCCAGAGAUUUGAUUACAGGCGCUGUGUGCUGGGCAGGGAGGGCUUCACCUCAGGGAGACACUACUGGGAGCUGGGGGUGGGAGAGAAUAUAUUCUGGAGAUUAGGAGUCAGCAGAGAGUCUGCCCCAAGGAAGGGGAAGUUCAGUAUGACCCCCCAGCAGGGUUACUGGACUGUGGGGUGGAGUGGAAAUGAAGAUAAAGAUGAGUUCACUGCUCUCACUGACCCCCAGACCCCCCUCCCCCCGAGCCUGAAGCCCCAGAAGCUGGGGGUGUAUCUGGAUUAUGAGGAAGGGCAGCUCUCCUUUUACAAUGUGGAGACCAGAUCUCACAUCUACACUUUCACUGACAUGGAGUUCAAUCCCAAUGAGAAACUCUAUCCAUUCUUCUGGACGUUGGAAUACAAAGACCUUGCGCUGGUGUCCCCGGGGAAGAUGAAUGACAGCUCUUUCUUACUUCUAGUCUGGGAAGGGAUUCUUGCUGCAUCAGUUGACAGUUUGACACUGGACCUCGAUACAGCACACCCCCGGCUCACCCUGCCUGUGGAUGAGAAACAAGUGAAAAGUAAAAGGCAGGAUCAUAACAAUCCCCAGAGAUUUGAUUACAGGCGCUGUGUGCUGGGCAGGGAGGGCUUCACCUCAGGGAGACACUACUGGGAGCUGGGGGUGGGAGAGAAUAUAUUCUGGAGAUUAGGAGUCAGCAGAGAGUCUGCCCCAAGGAAGGGGAAGUUCAGUAUGACCCCCCAGCAGGGUUACUGGACUGUGGGGUGGAGUGGAGAUGAAGAUAAAGAUGAGUUCACUGCUCUCACUGACCCCCAGACCCCCCUCCCCCCGAGCCUGAAGCCCCAGAAGCUGGGGGUGUAUCUGGAUUAUGAGGAAGGGCAGCUCUCCUUUUACAAUGUGGAGACCAGAUCUCACAUCUACACUUUCACUGACAUGGAGUUCAAUCCCAAUGAGAAACUCUAUCCAUUCUUCUGGACGUUGGAAUACAAAGACCUUGCGCUGGUGUCCCCGGGGAAGAUGAAUGACAGCUCUUUCUUACUUCUAGUCUGGGAAGGGAUUCUUGCUGCAUCAGUUGACAGUUUGACACUGGACCUCGAUACAGCACACCCCCGGCUCACCCUGCCUGUGGAUGACAAACAAGUGAAAAGUAAAAGGCAGGAUCAUAACAAUCCCCAGAGAUUUGAUUACAGGCGCUGUGUGCUGGGCAAGGAGGGCUUCACCUCAGGGAGACACUACUGGGAGCUGGGGGUGGGAGAGAAUACAUUCUGGAGAUUAGGAGUCAGCAGAGAGUCUGCCCCGAAGAAGGGGAAGUUCAGCAUGACCCCCCAGCAGGGUUACUGGACUGUGGGGUGGAGUGGAAAUGAAGAUAAAGAUGAGUUCACUGCUCUCACUGACCCCCAGACCCCCCUCCCCCCGAGCCUGAAGCCCCAGAAGCUGGGGGUGUAUCUGGAUUAUGAGGAAGGGCAGCUCUCCUUUUACAAUGUGGAGACCAGAUCUCACAUCUACACUUUCACUGACAUGGAGUUCAAUCCCAAUGAGAAACUCUAUCCAUUCUUCUGGUCGUUGGAAUACAAAGACCUUGCACUGGUGUCCCCGGGGAAGAUGAAUGACAGCUCUUUCUUACUUCUAGUCUGGGAAGGGAUUCUUGCUGCAUCAGUUGACAGUUUGACUCUGGACCUUGAUACAGCACACCCCCAGCUCACCCUGCCUGUGGAUGAGAAACACGUGAGAAGGAAAAGGCAGGAUCAUAUCAAUCCCCAGAGAUUUGAUUACAGGCCCUGUGUGCUGGGCAGGGAGGGCUUCACCUCAGGGAGACACUACUGGGAGCUGGGGGUGGGAGAGAAUACAUUCUGGAGAUUAGGAGUCAGCAGAGAGUCUGCCCCGAGGAAGGAGGAGUUCAGCAUGACCCCCCAGCAGGGUUACUGGACUGUGGGGUGGGAUGGAGAUGAAGAUAAAGAUGAGUUCAUUGCUCUCACUGACCCCCAGACCCCCCUCCCCCUGAGCCUGAAGCCCCAGAAGCUGGGGGUGUAUCUGGAUUAUGAGGAAGGACGGCUCUCCUUUUACAAUGUGGAGACCAGAUCUCACAUCUACACUUUCACUGACAUGGAGUUCAAUCCCAAUGAGAAACUCUAUCCAUUCUUCUGGACGUUAGAAUACAAAGAUCUUGCGCUGGUGUCCCCGGGGAAGAUGAAUGACAGCUUUUUCUUUCUUCUAGUCUGGAAAUGGAUUCUUGCUGCAUCAGUUGAUGUGACUCUGGACCCUGAUACAGCACACCCCCAGCUCAUCCUGUCUGUGGAGGAGAAACGAGUGAGACGGGGAAAGACACGGCAGGAUCUCCCUCGCAAUCCAGAGAGAUUUGAUUGCUGGAAGUGUGUGCUGGGCAGGGAGAGCUUCACCUCGGAGAGACGCUACUGGCAGGUGCAGGUGGGGGGGAAUACACGGUGGAGAUUAGGAGUCAGCAGAGAGUCUGCCAAGAGGAAGGGGUGGUUCAGCACGACCCCCCAGCAGGGUUACUGGACUGUGGAGUGGGAUGGAGAUGAAGAUGAGUUCACUGCUCUCACUGACUCCCAGAACCCCCUCCGCCGGAGCCUGAAGCCCCAGAAGCUGGGGGUGUAUCUGGAUUAUGAGGAAGGGCAGCUCUCCUUUUACAAUGUGGAGACCAGAUCUCACAUUUACACUUUCACUGACAUGGAGUUCAAACCCAAUGAGAAACUCUAUCCAUUCUUCUGGACUUGGGACAAGAAUACAGACCUUGUGCUGGAGUCCCCUGACCCGGACCCUGUCAGCGCUGCAGAUUAAACACACAUUCCUGUCUGAACCAGGAAACUAUUCAAACAGCUCAGACAAUCUCCUCUUCACUUUCACUGACACUCUCUCUGCACUCUUCUGGGCUGAUGAGAAGAAAUCCUCUCUCUUCCACCCUCUUACCCUGAGCCCCUCCUCUUUAUUUCUUAACACCCCCUUUCCUACUCUCCCUUCCUGUCUCCCUCUCUCUUUCCCCUCCACCUCUCUCCAUCUCCUUCUCUCUUUCUCUCCUCUCCCCUUCUCCUCUCUGCCUCCCCUAUGGCUCUCCCCUCCUAUUUCUCUCUCCCUUCCCUCUGAUAUGCUAAUCCCCUCCCUUUCCAACUCUCCCUCUCUCCUCCAUCCUCUCUACUCUCCCUCUCUCCUCCAUCCUCUCUACUCUCCCUCUCUCCUCCAUCCUCUACUCUCCCUCUCUCCACCCUGCCCUCUCUACUCUCCCUCUCUCCUCCAUCCUCUCCCUCUCUCCUCCAUCCUCUACUCUCCCUCUCUUCACCCUGCCUUCUCUACUCUCCCUCUCUCCUCCAUCCUCUACUCUCCCUCUCUCCACCCUGCCUUCUCUACUCUCCCUCUCUCCUCCAUCCUCUCUACUCUCCCUCUCCACCCUGCCUUCUCUACUCUCCCUCUCUCCUCCAUCCUCUCUACUCUCCCUCUCUCCACCCUGCCUUCUCUACUCUCCCUCUCUCCUCCAUCCUCUCUACUCUCCCUCUCUCCACCCUGCCCUCUCUACUCUCCCUCUCUCCACCCUGCCUUCUCUACUCUCCCUCUCUCCUCCAUCCUCUCUACUCUCCCUCUCUCCACCAUGCCAUCUCUACUCUCCCUCUCUCCUCCAUCCUCUCUACUCUCCCUCUCUCCACCCUGCCUUCUCUACUCUCCCUCUCUCCUCCAUCCUCUCUACUCUCCCUCUCUCCUCCAUCCUCUCUACUCUCCCUCUCUCCUCCAUCCUCUCUACUCUCCCUCUCUUCCUGCCCUCUACUCUCCCUCUCUCCUCUCUCCUCCCUCCCCCCUCUAAUUUUGUACUGUGAUAUUUUGUAACAGCUGUAAGUCUCCCUGGAUAAGGGCGUCUGCUAAUAAAUAAAUAAUGAUGAAUGACUUUCUAGACAAUAGAUGAAUGCAUUAUUUUCCAUGUAAUCAAUAUUUACACUGAAGCUGAGAUGCUCCCUGAAUAUUAUUCAUUGCUAAACUCAGUGAACUGAUUUCUGCUAUUUUGAUAUGAAUCUUCUGUUCUGUUUUUGUAGCGCAUCUAUUUUCUAUCUUUCUUGAUAAAAUGUAUAAAAGAUAUAA